CGGCGGCGGCGUACACAGGUUUAUGAUGUUGUGCAGGACUGAAUGGUCCUCUCUGGUGUUCCAGCCCAGGUUCUAGCAGCUGUUUGUCCCAAGAUGAGUUUGGUGUUGAGAAAUCUGCAGCGAGCAGUUUGGCUCAGGAGAGCUCCUCUUCGCAGGAGGAUGGAGAUGGUGAGGCAAAUUUUAGGGGUGCAGAAAUUCGACGUGGCCAUCAUCUGUGUCGACAACAAGGAGAUCCAACACAUUAAUAGAAUCUACAGAAAGAAAGACGUCCCCACCGAUGUGCUUUCUUUUCCAUAUCAUGAGAAUCUGAAAGCAGGGGAAAUUCCCCUGCCUGAUUUCCCAGCUGACUACGACCUGGGGGACAUUUUCCUGGGCGUGGAGUACAUCUCCCAGCAGUGCAGCAGUGUUGAGGAUUUCUACGAUGUCCUGACUGUGACUGCCACCCAUGGACUGUGUCACCUACUAGGCUUCACACACAACACAGAGGCCGAGUGGCAGAAGAUGUUCCAGAAGGAGAAGCAGGUCCUAGAGGAGCUGAGUCGGCACACGGGAACCCAGCUGCAGCCCCUGACCCGGGACCUCUUCUGAUAGGAGCUCACAAGUGUGGGCACAUGAACACAUGCUGGACUCUGGCACAGUGAGACGAGAGAUUGGCUGUGCUAGGUUCCCCCAAAUCCCGCUCAGCUCUGCUUGUUAUCAUACAGGCCUGAGCCCAGCUCCAGCUUCUGUUCUUAAACAGUGGACGCUCGUCUCAUGUCGAAAUAAAGCCACUCUGGGGCUGGAGCGAUAGCACAGCAGGUAGGAGGGCAUUUGCCUUGCACGUGGCCAACCCAUAUGGUCCCCCGAGCACCACCAGG